AUGCAGACCGUAGCUACAGAACGAAUAGCAGCUCUCCAGAAGCAGCUGGAGAUUGCUAGAUUGGUUCUUCAGGACACCCUGGCUCGUGGUGAAAGCGAGAAAGCAAGAAUCCUAGAAGAAACACAAGAAAGCCAACAAUUCUUCGAAGGAUUGUGCGCCAAGACAGAGAAGGAGAUCGAGGAAACUGAGAAGGAGUUGAGUGCUGAGGUCGAGAAAGAUCGAGAUAACUGGAAGCGUUGGGCCCCAGCAGAGCUCAUCCGAAGAUGGGAGACCGGCGACUUCGACUACAAGCAUUUCAAGGAUACCGAAAACGCGAAACUUCUCCGACAAGCUUAUAAGACAUGCUCUCCCGAGGCUGAGCCCCGGUCCGUCUCCAGGAUUAUGCGUGUUUCGGCUCAAGUUGGCGCUGGAUGGUACAAGACCCCAUUGGAAGCGCCUCAUUGCGAUCCACCCCGAGAGAAAUCUGACGCAGCAUCUGCGGCGGCGACUCCAGUAAAGGCGACCCUGGUGAAUGCGACUCCAGCGAAGGCGACUCCAGCGAAGGCGACUACACCGAAGAAGGUGACUCCUGCAAAGACAGUUCCGGCAAAGUCCACACCAGUCGAGACAACUCCAGUACAGAAGACCCUCGCAAAGGCGACUCCAGCAAAGAAGACUACUGGAAAGAAGGCUCCAGCAGAGAAGAUCCCAAUUCAUGCACGUGGUGUUAAGAGAGCCCGUGAAUCGAUGACAGGAGCAGAGGAGAAAGUUGUUCAGGAAAAGGCUCAGCAACUGCCAGCAGAUAAGAAGAUCAAGAUAUCCAUGUAG